AAUGGGGAUGGCUGGUACCGGCUGUAUCUAGAGGGUGCAGAUGCACAGAUUGCUGAGUGGUGUGUGGGCUCCAUGUCAUCUGGUGGCUACACCACACUGCUGCUUGGUGGAUCACAUCCCCUUAUUGAGGAUGGAACCGUUACAAGAGAAAUCUAUGGGACCAAUAAUUACAAUUACUGGGGGGUACUGGGGGUACUGGGGUACUGGGGGUACUGGGGAUAUGGGGUAUAUAGUUACCAGUGCAAUUACUACAGGUCCAACCCAAUCCAAGUGAAAGCCUGUCCAGGACAUUACUAUGUCUACAAACUUGUCACAGAUGUGUCAGUUCCUCUGCCCGUAUACUCUACAGUUGUUUUGAACAGUCUUACAUCUUAUGAGCCCUGUAAUGACUACGUCUCCCUGGAUCAACCCUGGAGAGCCAAUAAUGCAACUGGGUUGGGAAUUUGUGACAGCAACUUCAACUGGAAUGGCUGGUACCGCCUGCUGUACAAUGGGAUGGACAUCCGUAUGACUGAGAGCUGUGUUGAUGUUAACAGAUGUGGUACUUUCUACACUCUUUGGCUCAAUGGUCCUCAUCCUCAGCUAGAGGAUGGAGUGGUCACCCGCCAGGUCUGUGCAAAUGCAGGCUACGACUGCUGCCUCUUCAAGUCCACCCCAAUUCGUGUAAAAGCAUCAGGCAAUUACUAUGUGUACGAGUUUGUCAGGCCAAUCUUCUGCAACAUGGCUUACUGUACAGCAACCAAUCCAGACAGCUCUACUUUUGACCCCUGUUACAACUACAAUGUUCUUGAUGACACGUGGAGAACUAUUUACAGUUACAAUGGAUAUGGCUACUACAGUUUUGGAUUCUCCUAUUACUACAGCAGUCAUGAUGACACCUCUGUUGAAUGGGAUGGCUGGUACCGGCUGUAUCUAGAGGGUGCAGAUGCACAGAUUGCUGAGUGGUGUGUGGGCUCCAUGUCAUCUGGUGGCUACACCACACUGCUGCUUGGUGGAUCACAUCCCCUUAUUGAGGAUGGAACCGUUACAAGAGAAAUCUAUGGGACCAAUAAUUACAAUUACUGGGGGUACUGGGGUACUUGGGGGUACUGGGGAUAUGGGGUAUAUAGUUACCAGUGCAAUUACUACAGGUCCAACCCAAUCCAAGUGAAAGCCUGUCCAGGACAUUACUAUGUCUACAAACUUGUCAAGCCAGAUGUGUCAGUUCCUCUGCCCGUAUACUCUACAGUUGUUUUGAACAGUCUUACAUCUUAUGAGCCCUGUAAUGACUACGUCUCCCUGGAUCAACCCUGGAGAGCCAAUAAUGCAACUGGGUUGGGAAUUUGUGACAGCAACUUCAACUGGAAUGGCUGGUACCGCCUGCUGUACAAUGGGAUGGACAUCCGUAUGACUGAGAGCUGUGUUGAUGUUAACAGAUGUGGUACUUUCUACACUCUGUGGCUCAAUGGUCCUCAUCCUCAGCUAGAGGAUGGAGUGGUCACCCGCCAGGUCUGUGCAAAUGCAGGCUACGACUGCUGCCUCUUCAAGUCCACCCCAAUUCGUGUAAAAGCAUGCCCAGGCAAUUACUAUGUGUACGAGUUUGUCAGGCCAAUCUUCUGCAACAUGGCUUACUGUACAGAUGCAAGCAACAUAACAAUUCCUGCAUCUGCAAACAUGUCCAGUGAAACAGAACCUACCACAUCUAUAUCAACCAAUCCAGACAGCUCUACUUUUGACCCCUGUUACAACUACAAUGUUCUUGAUGACACGUGGAGAACUAUUUACAGUUACAAUGGAUAUGGCUACUACAGUUUUGGAUUCUCCUAUUACUACAGCAGUCAUGAUGACACCUCUGUUGAAUGGGAUGGCUGGUACCGGCUGUAUCUAGAGGGUGCAGAUGCACAGAUUGCUGAGUGGUGUGUGGGCUCCAUGUCAUCUGGUGGCUACACCACACUGCUGCUUGGUGGAUCACAUCCCCUUAUUGAGGAUGGAACCGUUACAAGAGAAAUCUAUGGGACCAAUAAUUACAAUUACUGGGGGUACUGGGGGUACUGGGGGUACUGGGGAUAUGGGGUAUAUAGUUACCAGUGCAAUUACUACAGGUCCAACCCAAUCCAAGUGAAAGCCUGUCCAGGACAUUACUAUGUCUACAAACUUGUCAAGCCAGAUGUGUCAGUUCCUCUGCCCGUAUACUCUACAGGUACAGUGCUUUUUCCCACUUCAUCAUUACAUGAGUUGCCAUGA